CACACGUUUUACAGGACUUUUCAGGGUAUUCGAAUUAUUAAAUUUUCGCAAAAAUGGCUCCCAAUCCAAAAAGAGUUAAUAUAGGAUUAUUAUUAAGCAUGCUAACAAUUUUUAUUGCGGCAACAGUGGAACUCGUGUUUUGUCAAAACGUUGUUACAAAUGAUGGACUUGUAUCAGAAAAAUACGAAGCAAGACGAAUGUAUACAAUCACGUUGUCAAUUGAUCCUUCGAUUAUACAAAUUAUUGCUGAUCCAAGAUUCAGCAGUGAAUACUACCCAAUGUACGAAAUGGUCUAUAUGUCAAAAAAACCAAGGAGUGAAAUCAGGAGAAUAUCUGAACUGAUGAACAAACUCACAGUACCAGAGAUCUGGCAAUCGCAGACAGAUAUUGUAGCUGAUCAAACAACGGUUGCAAAUCCAAAUAAGGUGGGAAUACUCCCAGAAGGAACUGUAGAAAAGCAACCAGCUUAUGUCUGGUGGGUUGCAUCAGGAUUUUACGAAGCAAAAUCAGCAUUUUCUUCUAAUGUUGGAGGAAUUUUUCUAAUCAACUUGGCAACUGACAAAUGGAGACCAAUUCCUAUUGUAAACAGAACAGGAAAGGGAUUUUCUCACACAGAAUGGAUUGACAUGGAUAUUGAUGGAUAUGUUGAUUGUGUUACUAUCGAAGGAAGUAAUAGCAUGAACUCGCUGAUUUGGUUGCAGCAACCAGCAAGUCAGUCACGAUGGACUCAACACCGCAUCAGUGGGCUCCAGGAAGAUGUCGGUGGUACCGAAUUCCGAGUAAUGAAAUUGCCUAGUUCAGAAACAGGAACGGUCACAAACGUAUUCAUCGUAGCUGGUCGUACUACUGGAAAAUUGACGGCAUAUUGGGUCGAAGAUAUGAACAAUGACUGGUCUCGAGAAAAAAAGAAAAAAUCUAUUGUCAUCGCCACAGACGGUUCGUAUGUUGGAAUUGAAAUUGUGGAUUUGAAUAUGGACGGAAGACCAGAAAUUUUAACCUCUACUUCAGCGACUGCAGGAAAAAGAGGUAUGGUGUUAGCGUAUGAAUAUCCAAGAGAUGGAUUUGACAAAGGUGGCAAAUGGCGCAAACACAUUUUAUCGCAAUGGCAAAUGACUGCUACAAGCUACACCACAACAUCACCUGGACCUGCUUUCAGCUUUAGAAUUCAGUCUGCUGUAGAAGGAAGAACGCAAGCCAAGCCACAUAUCCUGGUAUCUGGCCAAGAUGACGGAAAAGUCUAUAUUCUUUCACCGGAGACAUGGAGCCCGUAUAUAUGGGACUACAAAAGAGAAGUGAUCUGGUCAUCAGACAAGAGAAUUGGAACUCCAGCAAUAGCAGAUGUUGACGGAAACGGAGAAGUGGAAAUAUUCAUUCCAUCAGAUUUCAGCAUAAACGUUAUGAAAUACAUGAAAUCUUCGGCAUCACGGAAGACGGCACCAGUUCAUAUUAUGCCAGUACUUGCGGCGAUAGUCAACGCGAUAUUUAAUAUUAUCACCUUUGGGAGAAGUUAAGAGGAGGCCAACUGGAAUCAGUUGUUUGUUCGAAACAGAAUCAGAAUCAUUGACAAACUAUAAACGUUUAAACAUAAGGCUGUAAUGGUAUGUUGCCUGUCUUCAAUCAUUCAAUAAAUUUGAAAGUAUCUCCUAAAAAAUUAUUAUCCCAAUUCUGUUGCACCUCAAUAUUGAAAUGACUUGGAUAAAAUAGUUGAAGAUUCUUUUUAUUAUUACACGUAUACAUUUGCUAAAACUUGUCUCAGUUGAAACCGAGUACUAUAACAAUUGCAAAUUUUAGUAAUUGAUUCAAUCAAGAUUUAUUAAGGAGUUUCGUUUCAAUGGAACAAUUGGAGUUUCUAUUCUAAUUACUAAUUUCUAUAUAUUUUUUCUGUGCCUUUCACUGUCUUUCCAAAUCAAUAUUUUUCAAUGAAAACAAUUGAUUACUCCCAUUUUGUAUAAAAAAUCUCUCAAUAAAUUCUCUCAAAAUACAUACAUUGUCUUUUUACUAUAUAAACUAGGUAUUUGUAACAUUUAAUACAUGAGGUCCAGAUACAAAUAAAAGGGUGAAACCGCGGGCCGCACACCAUUCAAAAUUGGCACUUCUCGACUCACGAAUUUUUAUUGUUGGGCGCAUUUUGCCCGCGGGGCCGCAGGUUGCGCACCCCUGAUAUAGGCCAAUGUGACAUCAUCAUUAAGUAACUGCAUAAUUAUGAUAUUUAAAGGUAAUAAUACUCACAAAACAUAAUUAUACAAAAGUUUAUAUUUUACGCCAAAAGUGCUAACAUUUUUUAACAUCAUGUUUUAUCACUA